GCGGGGCCUACGGUGCCCAGGCCUUGGCCGGGCUUCAUCCGGGUCUUCCGCCGGGGACUCCUCUGCCUCUGGGUUUGAUUGGGCGGUUUGCUGAGCCGCCGAUUGGCCGAGGCCUCGAGAGCCGGUGCCGAGCUCGGGAAAAGAGGGCAGAGAUACCGGGGUCGCAGGGUUCAAGAUGGCCCCGGCCCGCUUGGGUGACGUAGAGGGCAGAACCUGGGUCCGCGCCCCCGUCUCCGAGAAGCCAGCCGCGGGACUGGGGCCAGCCGGACGUGUGGAUGGUGCGGCCGGCGGCCUGCGGCGCUGGUGUUAACCCGGCCCUCUCGGUGGGACGACUCCGCCUCUCUAGGUGACCAGAAUGGAGCUGUGGCCCGGGGCCUGGACGGCGCUGCUGCUGCUGCUGCUCCUCCUGCUGUCCACCCUGUGGUUCUGCAGCCCCAGUGCCAAGUAUUUCUUCAAGAUGGGCUUCUACAACGGCUGGAUCCUCCUGCUGGCUAUCCUCGCGAUCCCCGUGUGUGCUGUCCGAGGGCGCAAUGUCGAGAACAUGAAGAUCUUGCGUCUGCUGCUGCUUCACAUCAAGUACCUGUAUGGGAUCCGCGUGGAGGUGCGGGGGGCUCAACACUUCCCUCCCACACAGCCCUACGUUGUGGUCUCCAACCACCAGAGCUCCCUCGACCUGCUCGGGAUGAUGGAGGUGCUGCCAGAUCGCUGUGUGCCCAUUGCCAAGCGUGAGCUCCUAUGGGCUGGCUCUGCCGGACUGGCCUGCUGGCUGGCAGGAGUCAUCUUCAUUGACCGGAAACGCACGGGAGAUGCCAUCAGUGUCAUGUCUGAGGUGGCCCAGACCCUGCUCACCCAGGAUGUGAGAGUCUGGGUUUUUCCUGAAGGAACAAGAAACCACAAUGGCUCCAUGCUGCCCUUCAAACGUGGCGCCUUCCACCUUGCAGUCCAGGCCCAGGUUCCCAUUAUCCCCAUAGUCAUGUCCUCCUACCAAGACUUCUACUGCAAGAAGGAGCGCCGCUUCACCUCGGGACGAUGUCAGGUGCGGGUGCUGCCCCCAGUGCCCACAGAAGGGCUGACACCAGAUGAUGUCCCAGCUCUGGCAGACAGAGUCCGGCACUCCAUGCUCACUAUCUUCCGGGAGAUCUCUACUGAUGGCCUGGGUGGCGGUGACUGUCUGAAAAAGCCUGGGGGAGCGGGCGAGGCCCGGCUCUGAGCUUCCUCCUACCCUCCGUCUUUCUCCCACGCCUCCGCCCCAGAGCCUGAAGCAGGGCCAGGCCCUCUUCCUGGGCCCCCACUCCCUACUGUCCUUUUGGAAUCUUCAAGUUCUGAAGUGAUUAUGGAUAAGCGUCACUCCGUGUCCUUCCCCGCCCACCCUGGACUUUCCUGCGUGGGUACAGUCUCCGCUCCGAUCCCCACCCGCCAUCUUGUCUUGUGGGACAGUUGCCUCCCCUCAUCUCAAGUGGCUCAUCGGAUACAAGGGUGGGGGACAUUCCAUCCCAUCCCUUCCCCAGUGGUCUCUUUGUGGCCUUCUCUCCCUCCCCACCCCACACUGGACAAUGGACUCAUCUGUUCUGUGGAGCACUCCAUCCCUCACCCGAGUCCACAGAUUGAGUGGGACCAUUUGCUGGUGAGGACUCCUCCUCCUGUGGCUGGGAGCUGAACCUGAACACGCCUCACCGGCUCGCCUGGGACCCUCCUCAACACAGGCACCCUCCACGGGGCGGGGCUCUUCUAACUCCGAGGUCUCCCCCUGCCCGUGCCAGGGGCUGAGCACACUCCAGAUGCCAAUUUCUACUCCCCUGUCCCCCUGGUAGAGGUCUUCAGGGUCCUGGCCUGGCACCAUCGUACCAAAUUCUGGAGAGGCAGACCCUAGACGCUGCUCUCUGCUCCCUGGGGCCUUAGGGGAAAGAACCUGAGCCUGGUGAGGGAGAGGAGGGCGCUUAAUUUAUUUCUCUUUCUUUUGAGGUACCUCCCUCUCUGAGCCAGUUUUCAUUUCCUCCCAGUGGCAUUGGCCACUCCCCCUGCCUCCCAUUCUAGACCCAUUCCUAAGACCCAGGAGGUAGGCUGGGGGCAGAAGGAACGGGAGGGAUCCAGUUUUGUGUGGUUGGUUUUUAUUAUCUGGGUAACAGCAAGCAACUGAGAAUAAAGAGAAAGAGAGAUC